AUGGCUCUGCAAGAGUGUGGUCUCCGAUACCUUAUUGUCCUCCUUAUACUUUCCCAACAGUCUUUAUGUCAGCGGAGAAUCAGCGCCCAGUUCUCACUUGGGGAUAAUACAGACAGCGGUUACCGAGUGGGAAAUCUCUUUACCAAUCGUCCAGACAGCCUGACGUAUGGCCAGAGUUUCCUUUCCGCUAUGAUGAAACCCGAUGAUCAUUUUAAGCUAUCUACAAAUGGAGAUAUCACAACUAGCCAUGCACUUGAUCGGGAUGUUAUAUGUAGUAAAUUGGACUGUUGUGAACUACCUGCCUGUUAUAUGAAUUCAGAAGCAUAUUUCUUUACCAUUCGACAACAACCACUUGUAUUUAAUGUAACUUUUGUCCUCUCAGAUGAAAAUGAUAAUCCUCCAAAAUUUGAUAUUUCUCAGGAGAGUUUGGUAAAAUUGCCUGAUUGGAUACCUCAUCAAUAUCGCUCACUUCCCUUUUUCCAAUUGUCAGUUCCUGAGUCUGUGAAAGUGAGUACUAAGCUCCCUCUCCCUUUGGCUACUGAUCCUGAUUCGAUUGAUUUUGGAAUUGGUUCCUACGAAUUGCAGCCUCUUCAUAUAAACGUAUCGUCAAUCACACUUAAUCCGUUCCGACUUGUUCAUGAUAGACCACGAUAUGGAAGCGAAAUUCUAACAUUAGUAACAGGAAGAAGUCUAGACAGGGAAGAUCAGGAUGAAUAUUGGUUUUUACUAACAGCUAUAGGAAACGGUGCACCUAUGCUAACAGGAAGCUUGUUACUUCGAAUCCAGGUUGAUGAUAUUAACGAUAAUAUGCCAGUCUUCCAGCAACCUCUAUCAAAAUCUGGACAUACCAUUGAAUUACCUGAAAAUAUUCCCGUUGGGAGGAUUGUUUAUACAUUCAAAGCGACUGAUCUCGAUUCAGGAGAAAAUGGAAGAAUAACUUAUGCGAUAAAUUAUAGGGCCAGUUCACCUAGAACCUCGGCACUUGUGAAUAAAUGGGUGUUAGAUCCUGGUACCGGAGACUUAUCUGUUGCUGGAGUUCUUGAUUAUGAAAAUAAGGACGAUAGAAAAUUUGUACUAAGUUUGAUGGCAAAAGAUGGCGGAAAUCCUCCCUUGACAGCGACCACUACCUUCACUAUUCUCAUCACCGACUUGAAUGACAAUCCACCGGCAAUUGAAAUCAAAUCCACUGGAGAGCAGGGUGACUCAGAGAAUCUUUAUGACCUCGACGAGAAUGAUGGUGAAACACGACUACUCAAACUCAUUUCUGUCAGCGAUCCUGACUCUCAUCCACCUGAAAGUAUAUCCUGCAGUUUGAAGGGAAAGCGGGGUGAUUUUACUCUCCAAAAAUACAACUCCCUUCUCUAUGGUCUAUUCAAUAACCGAUCUUUUGACUAUGAGAAAGACGCCGAUGCUAAUGGCUUUCUAAAUAUUGGUCUAUCUUGCUCGGAUAAUGGAUUUCCUCCACUGUCAUCAGAUCUCAUUGUCAAAGUUAGCCUUCGUGAUCGGAAUGACAACUGGCCACAAUUUAAAUACCAGUCGUUUGUCUUUAAAGUGUAUGAAGACAUUCCAGUUGGAUCAGCUAUUGGACAAAUUGUGGCUUGGGAUGCAGACAGUGGUCGGAGGGGAAAGCUCACUUACUGGCUAAGUGCUGAUGACCCAGAUGAUCUGGAUUUAAUUGUAAUUGAUCGUGACACUGGAUCUCUAAUGACAAAAGCUGCAUUGGAUCGUGAAGAAAAGGAUAUUCUUCACUUUCGCGUAACAGCUGCUGACGGAGGGAACCAAGAUCUACAUCAAGAAUUCGAAGAAAUUCCGCGAGAUGCAAAAACGAAUACAACAAGCAUAACGGUUCAUUUACUGGAUGUUAACGACAAUGCACCGCAAUAUUUAGGCGAAAAGGAGAUACACGUCCGAGAAAACAACGAGGAGGGAUAUGUGCUUCUUGAUAACCUUCAGUUUCAAGAUAAUGACUUAGGUAAAAACGGGACAGUCCGACUAUUCCUCACGGACUAUGGUUAUGACGCUGUGGAGUAUUUAAUGCCGACACAUUCAAAUGGAAUAUUUACACUUAUUAAUGACAAACAGUUGGUGUUAGCAGAGUCUAUUGAUCGGGAACAGAAUUCACAGUUCUAUGUGAGGAUAAUCGCCAUGGAUGGAGGCAAAAUUCAGCUAACAAGUACCACUACCUUGACUGUGAUAGUUGAUGAUGAAAAUGAUAAUUAUCCUCAAUUAACUCAUCCAUUAAAUGGCACUAUGCUCUCAGGACCAUCACAUAACUAUGAAAAUAUGGAUAAUCAAGAAAGCCGGAGAAUUCCCGUAGACACCCCCAUUGGUAGUCUGGUAACAACUUUACGAUCUAGAGACCUCGAUGCUGGUGAUAAUGGUAGAGUAUCAUAUCGCCUUCAUAAAGCAGAACCCAGUGAACUCUGGUACCCUACUCAGCAAAAUCAUGUAAGAUAUAUGGGAAUCGACACUCCUCUACAGAAGCAUAAGCUAGUGUCUGACGGAUAUCAGUACUUUAAACUUGAUGAAAUCGAUGGUCAUUUACGCACUGCUUGGCUAUAUGGAAGUCAUAAGAACCCGAUCGAAGGAAAUUCUACUGGAAAGCCUCCCUCCCCACCCCCUUUCGGAGUCCACGUUCUUGUCAUUGAACUCAAAGAUGGUGGUAAUCCUCCAUUAUCAUCUCGAGUUAUGCUCUAUGUUAAUAUCACUGAAGCGACUAGUUCUGGAUUUUUCGGUCUUGGGGGAUUUGGAUUUGGUGAGGCUGGACUAGGGAAUACUGUUAUUCUCAUUCUCAUAAUUGUGUGCAGUUUUGUGCUUAUAAUUAGUCUUACUGCUGCAAUUUUCUGGGUUCGAUUGCGAGUCUAUACAAAUAAUGGGAUUCCAUCUCAAGCAAAUGGUGUUAAAUAUCAGGCGGGAUGUGCCACCAUGUACCACGAAAGUCUCCCAAGAGAUCAACAUGAUGGAGGAUUGGGCUAUAUUGAUGGAACUGGAACUUUUAAACCUCUAGAUGGUAUUCGAUGGAAUACCCCUAAUAUGCUUGAUCCAUUGCAAUAUGCUGUACACACAUCUUCUGACAUUGGCUCUCAGGAUGCGAAUGCUCUGACGUUUAUUAGUAAGACAUCGAAUGGAUAUCUAGAAUCUGAGGAUGUUCAAAUUCUACCGAUGAUACACUCAUCCGAUCCAGAUGGAGUGUUACUACGAGGAUAUGAUCAACUAUUAUCUGGAAAUGGAGGCCAGUAUGAGUUUUGUUUCCCAGAGGCCGUUCCACCGAACUUCAGUCAUCUUCAAGCUGGAUCAACAGAAAGUGACAGUGGAUUAGACAGUGGUGGGUACAUGGUUGGUCAUGCUUCAUCGCCAUCACCUGAAGGAGCAACAGAAAAAAUGACGAGCCCAGGAUCUGAUUUGAGUGUUCCUUCCACAUUCAAGCCUACUCGGGGUCGUCCCUUUAUUCAUACUUCCACCAGUGGAUGCCAUACAAUAUCCUCCGAUUGCCUUAGGCAAAGUCCCGCUAAGCAAAUGCAUCUUGGACAGGUUUGCAACAACGCGGAUCUAAAUGUUAUUCAUAAAAGCCUCGUCUACAUUCCUCGUGACUCGGUAAGUACUCACUUUUCAACUUACUUUAAACUUAUUCAUUAUCAACGUUAG